ACACAGGAUGGUCACACCAUCCCUCACCAUCAUCAGGCCACAGAACUGAAAGACCUCAAAAUUGAGAUUAAAGAGGAGGUGGAAGAAGAAGAGACGUUUGUGUGUGGAGAACAGCAGUCUACAGAGGAGGAUGGUCCUCUGUGUUCCCAGGGUCCCACACAGGAACAUCACACCAUCCCUCACCAUCAUCAGGAUGAAGGACUGAUUGAUAGGAAUGUUGAAAUUAAAGGAGGAGAAGAAGAAGAGACAUAUAUGAUGGGUAAUCAGCAGUCUAUGGAGGAGGUUGGGAUGACUGACAGAAUUAAUAUGGAAUGUUCGAUAGAAAUUAGCACAGGUGGGACCAAGGUCCAGAACACAUUUGAAGAGGGUCCUACAUUACCUCAGAAUUCUAAUACUGCACACAAGGACAUCACACAAUCCUCUAAGAUGCCUACUUCCCAGAGAUCAUCUUUUGUUAAUCUGGGUUUUGAAUUAAAAAAAUGCUUUUCAUCAAAAUUAUCCGUUCACGAAGAUCAAAGGACUCACCCACAGCUUCCAUUUCAAUGUGCAGAGUGCGGGAAAUGUUUCACUCAGAAAGGCGACCUUCUUGCGCACCACAGAAUUCACACGGACGUGCGGCGAUUCGCAUGUACGGAGUGCGGAAAAAGUUUCGUACGGAUGGGCCACCUUCUGGCACACCAGAGAAUUCAUACUGGCGAGCGUCCUUAUUCGUGUUCAGAAUGCGGGAAAUGCUUCAUACAGAAACCACACCUACUUACGCACCUGAGGAGCCACACGGGCGAGCGGCCCUAUUCAUGCACGGAGUGCAGGAAAAGCUUCACUCGUAAAAGACUACUCACUGCUCACCAGAAAAGUCACACGCACCAUUAUUCUUAUUCUUGUUCACAGUGCGGGAAACGUUUUGCUCAAAAAGUACAUCUUGUUGAACACUACAGGAGCCACGCGGGCGAGUUACCAUUGCCCUCUACGUAGUGCGGGAAUUGUUUCAACCAGUAAGAGCGCCUUAUGGCACACCAGAGGAUUCACACCGGCAAGAGUCCUUUUUUUUGCUUAGAGUGUGGGAAAAGUUUCUUGCAGGAAGGGUCGCCUGUGCACACACCAGGAAAAGCACUAAGGAGAGUGUUUGUCACGUUUAGAGUGCAGGAAAUCUUUUAGGCUGGAUUCACACCUGAGUGGAGCGAUUUUUCUUUGAGAGUUGUUGAGUGUUUUUAGACGUGUAUUACAGGCGUUUUACAGCAUUAGGUGUUGUUGUUUAACCAAUAGAAAGCACUCCCGUGCUGUUUUAGGGGGUGCUCCCAGGAGGGCUCCAUGGCGCAUAUUUGGUGGUCCUGCCCGCGGGUGUGCAGACUGUGGAUUAGAGCAGGGGUCUCCAAACAUUCUAAACAAAGGGCCGGUUUAUUGUCCUUCAGACUCUUGAAGGGCCGGACUUU